GCCGUUAGCUAUAUAGGUAAAUGCAUGUCAUCUCUCCCUUGACUCUACAUUCAUCUCAGCCACUCUUUCCAAAAUAAAAUUCACGCUGAGUUGGUUGAAACAUGGGGCCUGUUCUGGACCUCGGGCGCCUUCGAGCUUCUUCCACCCCGCUUGAAAGCUCAAAGUAUUUUCGCCAUCUGCUUGCUUCAUCCUCUGUCGAAACCCUUUCCCUGCAGCUGCUCGAAGCGGUAGAACGGGGCUCUCUGGAGCCAUCCAUCUUCGACAUCUGGCUUGGCGUCACCAAGUCUCCCUCCGCCAUCAGCCUUGCUUUGAAACAGAACGUCUCAAUUCAGAUUCGCAAAUCUGGUAUAAAGAGAGUCGGAAAACAGCUGAGGUCAUCAAAGUGGAAGGAGACAUGGGAUGGCCUCGGUGGAAUCCGGGGCCUCCUGGAUUUAUUUGUCGAUCUCUCUGUGCUGGAAGUCAAACAGAUGUGCUACGCAAUUGCUCGUUCUGCCGUCGGGUAUGAUGUGGAGGAAAAGAGGAAGAGAACUACGGAAUUUCUGAAGGCAUUGUUGUCAGAUGAAUUCCCGGAAACCGAGCAUAGGAAUCCAGAUCCGCGUCCUAUGGCCCAGUAUUACAAGCAGCUUGUCCCAGGGUGUACUUCAGCCUUCAUCACAUUCACACUGUGCAAGCCAUCGAAGGAUGAAUGGAAUGACAUUCCACACAAAUUACUUUUAAGGUAUCAUGCCGAUACGCUCAGGCCAAUUUGUCUUCAGAUGGUCUUUGGUUCCUACCCCUUGGAGGAUAAGUGGCUUUCCGCACUGCUUGAAAGAUGGCCUUCAUCCCUUGGCUCUUUACCUCGAUUCUCUGCCUCAUUGCAAUUCUCGUUCGACAUCUUGAAAAGGGCUGCCCAAGAAGAAAGUUCCACGAUCUCGACGCAUGGCCUUAUUCGCCGCGUGGUGGAACCUCUUCUACGACGGGCCUUGAGGAGGAGGGUCGGCUGGAUGCACAUCCAAGAGAUUGUCGGCCUAGCUCUGAAAUAUCUUGAGAAGGAACCAGAUGCAGCUAUCGCACUUGAGUGGAACAAUGGUAGUCUCCUAGAUCUCGCAUUGUCUGCAUGGCGCCGUCGUCCAAAAAUGUUCGAGACACAGGUCACCGCCUUGUUCUCGCAUGGCCGCCAGAAGCACAGCUACUUGGAAAAUAUUUGGGAAAUUGAGAAACAUGUGGGAAAAGUAGCCCCGUCUCAGCGCUAUGAAAAGUUAAAGUUCUGUGUGUUCGUCGCUAUGGAAAUCGAUAUCGACAUCGACAGCGACCUGAAGAGACUCCAGGCAUAUUAUUGGAAUGAUAUAUUCCAUCUGCUAGAUGCCGGACAGGCUUUGGGCUUGUUCACUCGAAUCUGUGCAGCAAAGGGAAACGAUUGUGUAAACGGGGAUCUUGAGUUGAUGGAGAUCGAUCUCUUACGAAAGAGUGGAAGCAGCGAGAAGGCGCGCAGUGUCGCACAACAGUCAAUACAAUGGCUCAAGAAGAAGGCUAUGUCGAAUCCUGAUCAAUCUCAACGCGCCUCCCAUAUCAAGUUGGUAGUGGAAUAUGCUGUCGCCAGUGGCUCACUUCCGUUACAUUUUGAAGUGCUCCAGUGGACCCGUCGUUUCAUUCGUGAUCCGCUCACAGUUCCUGUUUUACACCAAAGCCAUAUGGACGAAGAAAAGGACUUGCUAUGUGCUAUCUCUCCUGAUACCCCGAAACAAAUGACACCCUUACAGCUCCGCAGCUGCGUUGUUGAGGCAAACAAGGCCCUUCGGUUUUUGUUCGAAACUGCAUGUUUAGCUUUGCGAGAACCAUCAUAUGCUGGAUACCAUUGGCAGGGCACAUUAGAUCUCUUUUUACACAUUGUUGAGCGACGGAUGCAACGUGUUCCUACUCUGAAAAAAGAUCUAAAUCUAUCUGACGACCAGGUCUACCACAUCGUUUGGGAAGAUACAUUGCAGCUGCUCCUCGAUGUGGAGAAAGAUUGUCUAAAGAGCGACAACAAAGAAUUAUCGCGAGAUACCGCUCAAGGUUGCCUGGGCUACCAAGGAUAUUCCAAACUCAAAGUUAAAGGCGAUGAUCCUUCCACCUACCGCUUCUUUGACAACUUUGCUAAAGCAAGGGAUGACAUAUGGCAGGAAUACCGGCCCACCAUUCACCCAAGCGCAGCAACACUUCCCGCUCCCUAUCCUCGUGGACUGCCUAUUCAAACCUUAAUCGGCCCAUUCAUUCUGCGAACUGCUUCUCUAGAUAUAUUAGCCCCAUACAUUGCAUCACGCACAAAUGCAGCUAUUUUCCUCGACCCGAUUGCGGCACUCACACCUUAUCCCGAGGAUGAAGAUGACAGGACCGCUAUUGGGCAAUUUGUAGACGACUACCACUUUGCCAUGAAAAUGUUCGUUCCCAAGUGCCUUCCUCAUGAGGAAAAGAAGCGACGAUUACAACGGGCUUGGGAUCAUGCAAUUCGUUUUUUGAGUAGGCCUCGAAUGAGCGAUGAUGAAGGACUUCGGUAUUGGCAAUGCAACAUGCAGCACAAGUAUAGAGAGUUCUGGCCGAAAGACUACGUUCCGAGGCCUGAUUAUGACGACUAUCCAACCAUCCCUAUAGUGGAUGAACCCUCCGAGGUUGUGGAAUGGAAUCCUUUACCACCGAGGCGGGAGGAUAUUGAUGAGCGAGCAAUAGAGAUGACAUACGUCGACCUAAGUAUCGCCGGUGAGGGAUUUUUCUCACCAGAUCCGUACCCUGGUCUUCCACUUCCCGAUAACAUUCCCACCGAAGUCCCUGGAAAGACCUUUGAACAAGCUGCGAUCUGGUCUAAGGGAAUAGUAGAAGAAGCGAAGAGGAAGACCCCCGUUCGUGAGGGCCAAAUUCUUUCCGCUCUCCUCUAUCUGGACACAAUUAACAAGUCAGAUACACGGAUUCUGCCUGCCCCUUUUCCAGCCGAAAGCGAUAUUCGAUACCCCACUGCCUACCUUGAUGAACAGUUCCUGCGCAAAGAUGAUCUUAGUAUGCACAAUGCGAUCAGUACUCUUCGUUGCCACCUCAAAUCCGCCCCAGUAGCUCUUCUCGCGAGGCUUACCGAGAACACGAUAGCGUCUUUAGACAAGAUGAGGCUCGGCGACCCGGAUUACAACAAUAUCGAACGCCUAGCAUUCUCGCUUGUCCAUCUGCUCACGCAGAGUGAUAGACCGGAUAUAGCAUCUAAUCUCGCCGUUCGAGCCAUCAUUCAGCGACCUGAUGCAAGCUCCUGGCAUCGAACACUUUUAAAACCUGGAUUUCUCCGGAGACUACCAACAGCGCAAGCGCAACAAUGCGUCAGCGCCUUUGCUGCAGCGGUUAUUACGAAAUUGCGAGAACAGGUGGAGGCUAAGAAGAUGGCGCAAGAGAGAUCCCCAGAGGCCAAGGAGUCCGAUACAGCAAAUGAGGAAGGCGAAAAUGGGUUUCCACAGCCUUACAUUAAGGUUACAACGAUCAAGUACUUAGCACAAUUGCUUAAUGGGGCGGAUUUUAUAUCCAAGGGCUUUACUCUGGGUUUACUCACUACCUUGUCGCAAAAAACAACGCAUAUCGACAUUCAGAAUGCUGUUCUAGGUAGUUUACUAAGUAUUCUGAAGACGUCUGGAUCACCGCAAGAUGGCGAUGAGACUUUACCUGCAAAAGUACUCAAAUGCCUUGAGACCGCAAUCCCGCUCGCAGGCCAACUUGAUGAGCGUCAUCCUCUCUCCGAAUCCGAUUGGGAAUCCAUAUCAUCAAAUCUCACUCUACCUGAAGUUAAUUUCUAUGACAUUCCUGCCAUGUUGGCAAUGCUAUAUGACUUCUUAGCCAACGUCUCCCAAGACUUCCCUCAUCGCACUGCUUAUACGAACCGCAUUAUCUUGCCAAUAAUCGACCGCCAGAAGCAACAGACAAAGCGAUGGAUUGACGUGUUCUUGAAGAAAUAUGCUGGUGGCGAGAAGGGUAUUGAAGAGUUGAAAAUCCCCAUACCACCGAGAGCCUCGAUGGUCUGGCUCCGGCUUUUGCAAACAGGAACAACUCAUCUCCCAGCUACUUUGGUCGAAGAGUAUCUCGAUUUCACCAUCUUCUACCUUUCCAAGCCAGAUGUGGUUUGUGCGCUGAACAAGAGGUUCGACGACGACCCAGCCCUACGAACCCGAAAAGAUGUCAGUUUCUGGCUCAGCUUGUUCUAUAACAAUUCCCCCAUAUCAAGUUUUGGAACCUAUCUCAUUGGUCUUUUAAAAAAGGACUUCAGGCCUACUGUUCUAUCCGAAGAAAUGGGCAUCACAGUCGCUAAAGCUCAGGAAUGGAUCCUAAAACUGUUCACCGCUAUCAUGGCUGUAGACGCGCCUCGAUAUCACUCAAUCCACUACCUGACCACACAGCUAGCCCCACCAUUCUCCGUCUAUCAAACUAGCGACGAGGAUAGGAAAACUUGGGUUGAGAAUACAAAACCCGUUGUGGAAGCCAUAAUUGCGUAUAUCAAUACCUUGAGAACGAAAGAGUGGCUGAGCGAUCCGAACAGAAAGCCUCCUGUCCUUCCGGAUACAUAUGUGAUGCGACUCUGGUUACUAAAAUACCCCGGCCUUCCUCUUCCACCUGGAGAAUCCGUGACUCAGGAGGAGAGAUGUAAGGUCUUUGCUGAAGAGGUUGCGAAACUCGUGGAUAGGAUCUCUGGCAGGUUGUACCAUAACAAGCUGGGCUUUGUCAAGGAGGCACUGAAACGCGUAAUGGGCAAUGACGUGCCGCGUGUUGCGAUCUGUCUUGGCGAUAUCUCGAAUACGAGGUUGAGUUGGUUGACUUUACAUGAUCAGUUGAGGAUCGAGCUUGCAGAGGAGUUACUGAACAAUUCGUCCAGGCCAGAUGAUGCGGGCCUUGUGGAACAAGUGGAGAAAAUGGUGAAGACGUGGCAGGUAAGCGACAACGAGGAUAUUAGAAGGAAAGGCUAUGACUUGAUGGAUAUUUGGUCGGGGUUCGGGCUGUUUGAUUGAGACUCUAAACGUGCUAGUGGAAGAAAAUGGAAUUAGUGGGCUUUUUUAUUGUUGGCGAUUGAGGAAUCGUGAGUUUCUAGGUUGGGGCGAAUAGCGGCCCACGUGGUCUCGUGAUUUCACGGAGCGCAGGAGGAAAUUGACGCUCACAGAAGCUGAUCGUUGUAUUAAGGCAAAUUUCGCGAAAUAAGCAUCGAGAGAAAAACAUGAGGGGGUUAUUGCAUGUUUAAUUGUUCUCCCAAGCUCGACUGGACUGAAACAGGAAGACUUGAGAAGUCACGGGUUUUGCCCUCCAGAUAGAUGGACAUGAACUUCGACCACC